GCCAUGAGCUCAGAGAGUCGCUCAAAGUUCAUGUUCUUCAUUAUGUUCAUAGCCUUCCUCUACUUCUCCUUAUCAAGCCUAAGGUUUUUCGUAAAUGAUCUCCCGUUCCUCAUCAUUACUCCCAUCUCCUUUAGCCUCAUCUCUUGCUGUGCACUUAGAGUAGUAUUUAAUUGUAACCACAUCAAAGAAAACCAAACAUGUGUCCAUGGUCAUUAAACUAAGUGUGCAAGACUGUCCGGUCCUAUUUCCAUAUGCAUUUUCAAAUCCAGGUUCGACCCGAUUCACUCCAGACCUGAGUCAUCUCCUAUUUUUUAUUUAACCACUACACUCGACUUUUUACAUGUAUCUUUAAAUACUUUUAAGUCAUAAAAAUUGCUCUUUGCAUGUUCUUCAUCUACGUCUUCUUUAUUGAUUUGUGUUGCAUGUUUAGGUGUGAAUAGUUCUCUAAUUGAGUUUUAUGGUUCUAAGUAGGAGUAUCUAUAAUUUGCUGAUUUAAUUGUUGUUUGAACAUUUUUAUUAUUUGGUUAUUUGAUUCACAUGUUUUUAAUGAUUAAAUUGGCUUGAUUCUGUUUAGAUUACAGGUUUAAUUUCAGAAAAGUACACAAAAUUGGGACUGACAUUAUACCAGCUGAAGCACACGACCAUCCGCCAAAUAGGCAAGUCAAAUACGAAAACUACAAAAUAAAUUAAAAAGGUUAUAUAUAUAUAUAUAUAUUGUCAUAUUUUAAUUAAAAUAAUAUAAUAUUUAUUAUAAAUUGCUAGCUUAACAACUCAUAAUUUCAUAAUUAUGUAAUUUAUAAUAUAAGGUAAGAAUUUAUAAACUGUUAAUAUUAUAUGUUGAAGAGCAUAUUAAUGUUUCAUUAGUCAAUAAUUCUUAAAUCAUAUCACAAACUUUCAUUAAUUGGUCAAAGAUUUAUGAAAUAUACUAAAUUAUUAUGGCAAAUAAAUUAUUUUGAGAAGAAAUUUUGUCAUAUUAUAUAUACUGCAAUAUCAUUUGAGUUAUUAUCGUUCACAAUCGAAACACCACAAUAUUAUUUUAUUAUAUAUAUUAUAAUAUCUUUAAAAUUAUUAUUCACAAGUAAAACACCACAAUGUUUCCGCAAUUGACAGUUGUAUUCCUUUUCUCUCUCGUUGUAAUCCACCCUCUUCAUGUCUCGGCCAAAACAUGGUGUGUGGCAAAUGUAUCGGCGGCAAGUACACAAUUACAAGCUAAUAUUGAUUGGGCAUGUAGUGAAGGAAAAGUUGAUUGUGCAACAAUCAAUCCUGGUGGAUCUUGCUUUGAUCCGGAUACUCUUGUUAGUCAUGCAUCAUUUGUGAUGAAUGAUUUCUACCAGAAUCACGGAAGCACUGAAGAGGCGUGUAAUUUUACUGGUACUGGUCAAGUCGUUACUGCUGAUCCAAGUUAUGGUAGUUGUGUGUAUACAUAGAUUACAUAGUUUAAUGAAUGGUUUUGCUAUUACAAAGUUUGUUUACGAAUAAUACAAU